AUGGAAUCGCCAGAAGAAAUCGCCGCUCUUCAUGAUGCACUGUCAGUUACUGAAAGUAAAAGGAUCAAAUGUGCUCUCACGGGGCACGAAAUGGUCCCUAAGCGGGCAGUAAUCGAGCAGCACAUGAAAGGAAAGAAAUUCAUACGACUCGCCAAGGAGUGGAAAAAGCCAGAUGCCAAGUUUGAAGAGCUCAGAGCACAUCUAGUUGAAAACAAGAAGAAUUCAAAGAUGCUUUACUGUAAUUUGACUGGACGAUCGAUUCAAAACGAAGUUGUCCACAUUCAGCGGCAUAUCUUUGGCCAGAAGUUCACCAAGGCUCUAGCGCACUUCAAAGAAUGCGAAAAGAGUGGCGAAACCUUCCGGCCAAUGCGCAGUUGGGGAAGUCGAGGAAAAGAUGUUGAAAAUUUCUACGAAGAACGCGGAAUGGGCGAAGAGGAGGAAGACGAUGGAGAAGAGGGCCCAUCGAAAAGAAAGAGAGACGAUGAUUUGAGCGAUCUGAUGCCCUGGCUUCGGGAGGACGCGGCGUCAGAAACGGAAGAAAUGGAAGCAGAAAUUUCAGGCGAAGAAGAAGAAAUGGACGUUAUAGAAGAAGUAGCUGUCAAAGAAGUGUCAAAACUGAAGCUGGCCUCCCGAAAACGAAAUAAACGGGGCUCCGUCCCUGUUCGUAAGAAGAAGCAGCAAAUGGAUAUUGAUUAA